UGUGAAUGUGGAAAUCGAUGACCCAGCACCCUCUCAUAGGGAGGCUGCCACUGCUAGCAUAGUAGCUGAUGUUCACUAUAAGACUUGCAACUGUCUCCUGGGUAAGCUUUGGAAGUCUAACAUAAGAAGGCCGAUGAUACUAGUUGGACCAAGUCUUGGUGCUGCUGUUGCAAUUGAUUUUGCACUCAAUAUUCCGGAUGCU